AAUCCCCAGCCAGUGUGAGGUAUUUUGUCUCAGCAACAAGAAAAGUAACUAAGACAUUAUCAUACUCUUUAUAAAAAUCUUUAUACAUGUCACUGAGUAACUAUUAACUAUAGGCCUAGGACCUAGAGGAAUCAAGGUAGAAGUUAGCUUCUUUUAAUCCUCCCUUGAGUUUUUUAAUAAUUUUUCUCUCUUAACUUUCAAAUCUAAAAAAUGUAAAUGAUUCCCCCUAAUGAGAUGAGCUGUUGUAAAUCACUUAGCUCUCUACAAAUAUACUAUAUUCACUAUACAUACUCACCAACUUCUCACAAAACCUUUUUUAUAAUAAAGUAUAAGUUUCAAAGUAAGCAGAGCAGUUUCAUUUUUCCUAGAAUUUAUAACUAGAAAUUAAAAAUCAAUCAUUAUCAUUUAUGUUUCCAAUAUUCCAACAUUUUUUGCUCUAAUUAUGUCAGCGUGAUUAGAACCUUGUAAAAUACACAUUUCUGUCACAUGAACAUAAGCGUUUAUCUUGAGAUUUAUGACAUAAUUAAAAUUUUAAAAUAUUUAAAAAUUAUUAGCACACAUACCCUCAUUAAGACCUUGUUUUUCUAAAUGUCUAAUGCUUUGAAUUGGUGUUUCAACUCAACCUUAGGUGUUGGUUCCACUAGAUUUGCUACAAUACCCUUCACAGAAUGGAGGAUUUUAGGGCAAAAAAUUCAUCUCCUUAGAAUCUCAUCACAGUUCCUGUUGUGGAACUAGAUUUUCACUUGACUGAGAUAUUGGACUCACUUACAUACACAUUUAAAAGAAAACAAUAAUCAUAAAUAAAAAACCUAAUAAAAGAUCAACUACAAAAUUUGCCCAUAUAUUUAGUAAAAUAUUAAGUUAAACAAGAAUCAUAAAUCAUAUUAGUCCAGAUCAAAAGGCAGCUAGACUCUGUCACUUGCUAGCCCCUUAGCCUCUGUUGACAUUUCUAUUAGUUUUUAUUUUCAGUCCUCCCUUCACAAGAAAUUUAGCAAAAAUCAAGUAGAUAAUCAUAAAAAAGACCUCUUUCUCAAUAAUAUCUCCAAGAAACAAAAUUUUCAAUUCUUGGCCUGCAUUACCACAGUACAAGUUGUUGAACAGAAAGUAGCACACACAAGCAAGAGUAGAGAAAAUCAAGUGAGGAAAAAAAAAGAUAACAUUAAAAAUUGAAGAAUCCAUGGUCAGCUUGCAUUUUUAGUUUAAUUUACUUUUAUCUGAUACAUAAAAAUCUAAAAGUUGUGCAUAUUAAUGAAGCACGAUGUAAUGUUUUAAUACAUGACCAUAUUACAUAAUGUUUAAGGCAAAUUAAACAUGCUAUCUCCUCAAACAUUUGUCAUUUCUUUGAGGUGAAGAUUUUUGAAAGUUUUUCUUCUAGCUUUCCGAACUGUUCAGUACAAUACAGUUGCCUAAACCCACUCUUUUCACAAUAACACACAAUAAAUUCUUGCUUUGAUUACACUUGAGAGUUCAGAAAGAAGGAAAGGAAUUCGCUUGCUAGAAAUGAGUGGGCUCUGGGAGCUGUCCGAUGUACUGAAUGAACCACCGUACCUGCAGCUUUCCUCCCUCAUGGAGGCUGGUGUUCUCAGUGGUUCUCCCUCUGUGUUCUUAUUUUCAACCUAUUUCUUGUACCCCACCUUUAGUCCCCUUCGGAUCUUUCAAAAAAUCUUUACACUGAAUAAUUAAGUAUAGCUAUCCCCCCAAAAAAGAAAGCAGAAAGAACUUUUCUUUGUUAAAAUUAGGGAUAACAUAAAAUCAAUAAAAGUUUAUUUUCAUUCUACCAAAUUUUAAAACUUUUUUAUUUCAAAAAUUAUCUAAAGGUAGCCCAAAACUCCCUUAAACAGAAGGAAAUAAUGUCAAAUAUGUACUCUUAAAUCCUACUAUAGAAUAUUUAAAAUGAUGAGGAAAAUCAAAGAAGUAAAUGUGUCUGCAUUUUUCUUUGUUCACAAAUAUUUGAUCCGCAAUUUAAAAUCCCAAAUAUUCCUCGGCAGAGAGUGAGCAGAUCUACUCUCUGGCUUAUUAAAGAUACCUGGUAUUUUUGAAAAGAGAGUGGAGUAGUUAUGUUUGGGGAGAAGGGUUUGCUUUAUCUCCAAUACUGAAAAUUUUGCAGUAAAGCCCAACUGGGGAAAAUGUUUUGAUGUUUAGUCUUUCGUUUUGUUUCCAUCAUAACUUCUUUUCCUCGAAUAAAAGUCUCUAGGUGAGUAGAAGAUGAGGCCAGGAAGGGAAAUUCAAGUAUCUCAAGUGUUAGGCUGGUUGCAUCCAAACAGACUGUGGAGAAGUCAGAGUUAGUAACAAGCGGGAAAGAUGUUUGCCUAAGUCCUAGAACGAGAAAGAAAGCCGGUUCCAACAGCGACCCCGGGGAAUGUGCUCAGCCCCCUGCCAUGCUUACUUAGGAAGGUCUUGCCUUUCAGCAGCCGCUGCACUGGGAUACCAGACAAACAGCUCCCCUCGACCCCUGGCAGGAAGGGCCCCUCUUCGGGACAUCAUUAAAAGCACAUGCACUUGCUGGAUGUGAACAUCCAUUGGCAGUUGGUAGCAAGAUUUGGGACUCCUGCCCCGAAGCCAAGGAGAAGCCAUUGCUCUGGAAAACAUCCUCGCUUUGAACAUCCAAGCCGAAAUUAAAGAGCUACACGAGAUAAGGAGCCCAGAGAACAUUAAAAUUGGCUGCAGGGCUGAGGACAGACACAAAAAGGCACAGCAGGUAAGAGCUGGGGGUUGUUGCCAAGAAGGAACUGUCCGGAGGGGCCCAGCAGAAAGAUCUGGGAGCUGGAGGCCGGACUCUAGGAGCUUCGGUGUGUUACGAGCUCGCGCUCCCCCGUCAGCUUUGCGAGAAGCUCGUCUAUGGGCGCAGCUAAUCCUGUUACCAGCCUGCUUAUAAAUAUUAAUGUCCCUGGCCCAUCGGUGAUGGUGCCCUGUCAGGCUGAAGGCAGUUAAGAAGCCUCAGCAGCAGCGUCGCCCCUUCUUGCACAAAUCGAUGGGACACAGGGCCAAGCUGAAGCGAUGGCGGCCUACCCCGAGAGCUGCGUGGACGCCACCGUGCUGGGCUUCGUCGCCGACCUGUCCUUGGCCUCCCCGAGACACCCGCUUCUCUGCGACUUCCCUCCCGGGGCUCCUUUUGGGGAGCCGGCACUUGAGCUGCCAGAGGGCAGCCCCAGGAGGCUGGGGCAGUUGGAGGAGGGGGGCGCAGAUGAGGAGGAGGGCGAAGUAGACGGAGGGGACGAGGAGGAGGAGGAGGACGACGACGACGACGACGACGACGGGCGCGGCAGAGUCGCCUCCCUAUUGGGCCGCCCCAAGAGGAAGAGGGUGAUCACCUACGCCCAGCGCCAGGCCGCCAACAUCCGUGAGAGGAAGCGGAUGUUCAACCUCAACGAGGCCUUUGACCAGCUGCGGAGGAAGGUGCCCACUUUCGCCUACGAGAAGAGGCUGUCGCGGAUCGAGACCCUCCGCCUGGCCAUCGUCUACAUCUCCUUCAUGACCGAGCUCCUGCAGAGCUGCGAGCAGAAGGAAGCAGGCUGAGCCGGGCUGGGCCGCCGGGCGCCUCCCCUCCUCUCCCGGCUGCGCGGGGCUGGGGUUCGGGACUGGGCGGCGGGCUCGGGAGGGACGCCCGGGACGGCACUUCGUCUGGCUUCGGGGGCGAGGCUUUGGGCCCCGGAGAAGAGUGCUGGGGCGAGCUAGGCGAGCGGGGAGUCCGGGAG